AAGGCGCCGGAAGUGGAGUGUAGAGCGUGGCUGCGCGCUGUCAGUCAGUGUGGUGCUGAGUCCGCGCGGCGGCGGGACCAGUCCAGGCGUCUCGUGCGGCUCUGGGCCUCUCAGGCUCCGCGGUCCAGAGUGCACCAUGGACAACAAGGAGUUAAUCAAAUACUUUAAGUCUCAGAUAAAAGAAGAUCCUGACAUGGCCUCAGCAGUAGCUGCCAUCCGGACUUUACUGGAGUUCUUGAGAAGAGAUACAGGGGAGACAAUCCAGGGCCUGAGGGCGAAUCUCACCAGUGCCAUAGAAACCCUGUGUGGCGUGGACUCUUCUGUGGCCGUGUCAUCGGGCGGGGAGCUCUUCCUGCGUUUCAUCAGCCUGACCUCCCUGGAAUACUCUGAUUACUCCAAAUGUAAAAAGAUCAUGAUUGAGCGGGGAGAGAUUUUCCUCAGGAGAAUAUCACUGUCAAGAAAUAAAAUUGCAGAUCUGUGCCAUACUUUCAUCAAAGAUGGGGCGAGAAUAUUAACGCACGCCUACUCCAGAGUGGUCCUGAGAGUCUUGGAAGCUGCCGUGGCAGCCAAGAAGCGUUUCAGUGUGUACAUUACGGAGUCACAGCCUGACUUAUCAGGUAAGAAGAUGGCCAAAGCCCUCUGCCACCUCAACGUCCCUGUCACUGUGGUCCUUGAUGCUGCAGUUGGCUACAUCAUGGAGAAAGUGGAUCUUGUCAUAGUUGGUGCUGAAGGAGUUGUUGAAAACGGAGGAAUCAUUAACAAGAUUGGAACUAACCAGAUGGCCGUGUGCGCCAAAGCACAGAACAAGCCAUUUUAUGUUGUUGCGGAAAGUUUCAAGUUUGUACGACUCUUCCCACUAAACCAGCAAGAUGUCCCAGAUAAGUUUAAGUACAAGGCGGAUACUCUGAAGUCUGUACAGACUGGACAGGACCUCAGAGAGGAGCACCCGUGGGUCGACUACACCUCCCCUUCCUUAAUCACGCUGCUGUUUACAGACCUGGGGGUGCUGACGCCCUCGGCCGUCAGCGACGAACUCAUCAAGCUCUACCUGUAAACACCGGGUCCUUUCCUGCUGGUGGACGUCGGAUAUGGGGAGUAGUCUCAUGGCCCCUCAGUGAGCCAGGCCAAAACUGAAUUGUUUUUUCUGAAGUUUUAUGGACUAAGAACUUAAAAUCCUAACUCUUGGGAAAUUUUUUAUUCAUUUCAGUCCCAUCUAAAAUGCAUUCAUGGUUCCCCUAAAGCCCAACCUAAAUUGUGCUCUAAUGGUAUUUCCAGACACUUUCAUUCAUGUCCAGUUUCCAGGAAUAUAAGAUUAUUGGCUGUUUGACUGAUGGAUGAAGAUGUGCCCACUCUCCCUCCCUUCAGCUUCCCCACAUUCCAGACUGAUUUGCCAAAAGCAUCCAUGAAAGACAAGCAGGCGGCAACGCUUACUGAAUCAGGCUCCCAGCGGUGAAUACAAGCUGAGGGUUGUCAUCUCCACAAAAGAAUCAAGGCAAAGAGAGUGGAUACUAUUGCAAGAACCCAAGAACAGGUAUUAAUGGCCUCUUUGGCCGGAGUAUCCUGCACGGCUCAUCAAUUAUAAAGAUGCCUUCCAGAAUAUUUGCAAACUUAAAAUACUAUAUCUGGGAAAAGAUGUUACUUGAAACAUUUGGGUCCUGAACAGCUUUUUAAAAUUGUUCUUGGGAACAAACUCAGCAUCUUUUCAAAUAAAUUACAUGAAAGAUUUUGA